AUGCGCCUAGCAAGUCUUGUGUUUGUCGCAGUGGCUACUCUGGCUGCAACUCGUAUGAGCACUACCGGAGCCGAGGAACUCAAUCUUCGGAGCGACGAAACGUUCGAUGAUGGGCCAACAAUGGAGGAACGACGAGGGGGCCGUGGUCGCCGUCGUCGCCGUGGUCACCGUCCAUAUAUGCACAAUGGUGGAAAUCAGGGGGCUGAGGAAAAGAAACCGAGUAUCGCAGAGCUCUUAGCCAAGGAUCUUCAAAACAGGGGCGGAAUAACGCCCCCUUAA